AUGAAGAACGCCUACUGCGAGGAAGGAAGAGUACAACUUGAAGACUCCCCAAUCCUGGAACCUUUGUCAUACGUAUACCUCGGACGCUCUAUGAACAUGGAAAACGACUUGAAGGAAGAACUGAAUAGAAGAAUGAGAGCAGCAUUCGCAGCCGUCAGGGAAGCCACGGGCCAACUAACGGACCAAGAUCUUCGUGCCUAUCUGUUCGACUCGACAGUUCUCCCAGCGCUCUGUUACGCAGCGAAGAGGUGGGCAGACACUGCUGCCACUUCUAGGAACCUAAUUACUACCCACAGAGAACUUGAGAGAUGUCUUCUGAAGUUUAACCGGCGCGCACAAUACCUAGCCGGUCUUCGCAGCUCCGAAUUAAGAGGAAUGUCCCGUCUUCGCGACCCAGCGGAAUAUAUAUCGAAAGCAAAGCAUAGGUGGGCCGGUCACAUCAUGAGAAGAAUCGACGAUAGAUGGACUAGAAGAACCCAAGAGUGGAUCCCAGGAGAUGCUAAACGCCCUCGAGGGGGACAGCCAACGAGAUGGGGUGACGUAUUCGCUGCACAGAUGGACAAGCUGAGAGCUCAGCUGGAUACAGCUCAAGGACCUCGUCAACGUCACUCACGAAGCUUGAGAACAUCUUGGAUGACAUACGUAAGGGAACGAAACGAGUGGAAGAGAUGGUGGAGCCUGUGA